UGUAUCUUUAAGAUUAAUGCUUUUGCCAGCCCAUGUGAGGCAUCCAGGAAAGAUGUGACCUUUGCUACCAUUCUAUACACAACACACACAUCACCAUGAACUUUGCCAGUCUAGAUCUGUUUCUUCGAAUCAUCACAGAAUCAUAUACUACUAUUACCCUUUUACACUUUCCUUAAAUCAAAUACAUCUUUCUAUUUCUUCUAUUCUUAAGAUUCUGAGCUUAAUGACAAGGUAAGGUUUAUUCCCAUUUCCACCCAAGAUUCUCACAGCCCAUAGCAUGCGUGUAUCUUAGGCAGUGAACCUUUAAAGAAGCAUGAACUUCAAGGUCUUCUUGGGUCUUUGCUUUUCAAGCCAAACUAUGAUAAAACAAAGUAAUUCAAGAAUUUUUUUUUUUUUUUAGUUUAGGAAUCUAGAACUGUUUUUAGGUAAAAAUGGGAUCUUUUGGUGGGUUAGGAAUUGGGUUGAGUCUUGUGUUUGGUUUUAUUCUAGUUGGUCUUGUGGCAGAGCUAUAUUAUUUACUAUGGCGGAAGAGGAGAAUAACAAGUAGCAGUGGAGAAAUUGAAAGUUUUUCUCGUCUGUUUUGCUGGAACAAGCCUAAUUCUUUAAACGGUAGCCAAGAACAGACAAAUACAGUGAAAAAUCCAGAAGAAUCCAUUAAUGGGCAUGAAGAAAUUGACCUAGAAUUAGGGUCAAGCAAAGAUUUGCUAUUGAAAGGCUAUGGUGAAGAUGGUGUUGAAACUGAACUGAUGAGGCUGCACAAUCUUUGUGGCCCCCCAAGAUUUCUCUUCACAAUCAAGGAAGAAAGCAAGGAGGAUUUGGAAUCUGAUGAUGGGAAAUCAAAGGGUGAUAGAAGUAGCAGAAAAGGAUCAAGAGCAAGAAGUUUGAGUGAUCUUUUUAUUGGUGUAGAUGGAACUGGCACACCAUAUUUAACCCCUAUUUCUUCACCCUCAGUUAAGGCUUUUGAUUCUUGUUAUAACCGUGGAUUUAAUCCCCUUUUUGAAUCAUUAUCAGAGGCUGAAGUUAAUAGAUUAAGAUCUUCACCUCCUCCAAAGUUCAAGUUCUUGAAAGACGCAGAAGAUAAGUUAUUUAGAAGAUUGCUAAUGGAAGAAGCUGAGAAAAAAAGGGCCUCAAUUUCAAUUUUGAGUGAAGAAGAAAAGAAUGGUUCUUUUAUGUCAUUUAUCAAUAAGAGCCACAACAAAGAAUCACAGGUACUCCCAUUGGCUUCUUCUCCAACAUUCAGACCAGAAUUUGACAAAAAAUCAUCUGUGAAGUAGAAAUUUUUCUUAUUCAUUUUUAUUUCACCUGUUAAUUCAGAUGGAUUAAAUCUUCUGUUCUACUAUUAGUUAGGCAGGUUUGUCAUUGUCAUGUCGAACUCGUUCAAUACUCUAUAUACCAAACAUGUUCUUUUGUGCCAUACUCGAGUGCUCGUGGUACCAUCAAUGCCCUCAUGAUGCUUUGUUGUAGAAUUAUGAAACGAUCUGUUCGUGAAGAGAGUGCUAUUAAAAGGGCAAUAUAAUUUCAUCUUUAUUACA